AUGGCAAACGCUGAGGUGCCGAACAUAUCACUGGCAAGCGCAAGGGGGUUGCAGGUACAUGAUGGUCUCUACGCAGAAGCACACGUGACUGAUGAUGGUCUCGUGGAGAUGGAGCUUAAUGAAGACGAUCCGCAGGUAGCUAGCUUGCUGGAUAACCUCGAGCGCCAGCUAACCCGUCGUCCAUCGGAGAAAGCAAGAGAAAUUACUGAAAAGUCUCCCCUUCGACUCAAUGUGGUUAUCCACAUUGUCGGCUCGCGCGGUGACGUACAGCCGUUUAUUCGGCUUGGGCAAGAGCUAAAACGGCAUGGUCAUCGCGUAAGGCUUGCUACACACCUGGUCUUCCAGGAUUUUGUCAAGAGUAAUGGCUUGGAGUUCUUUAAUAUCGGCGGCGAUCCAGCUGAACUUAUGUCUUUUAUGGUCAAAAACCCUAAAUUGAUACCGAAUAUGGAGACCCUUCUCCAGGGCUCGAUCAGAAGACGUCGGAGGGAGAUCCGAACCAUCAUCGGAGGAUGCUGGCGUUCUUGCAUUGAAGCGGGCGAAGGCCUCGAUAUAACUAGUGACGAAGCUUUACGGGCUCCGCCCUUCAUCGCCGACGCUAUUAUUGCAAACCCGCCGAGCUUCGCCCAUAUCCAUUGCGCGGAAAAGCUGGGCAUUCCUCUGCAUCUGAUGUUUACAAUGCCCUGGUCUCCAACCCAGGCCUUUCCGCAUCCAUUAGCUAAUAUUCGCACCCGUGACGCGAAGCCAUCGGUCGCGAAUUUUGCUUCUUAUGCUCUGACGGAGAUGGUCAUCUGGCAGGGAGUAGGUGAUCUGAUUAAUCAGUUUCGUCGCUGCGAACUCGGCUUGGAACAGUUGGAUGCGAUGCGUGCACCGAGUUUAAUUCAUCGCCUGCAUGUACCCUUUACGUAUCUUUGGUCCCCCUCGCUGCUCUCCAAGCCCUCUGACUGGCAAGAACAUAUUGAUGUCACCGGCUUCAGUUUUCUGCCUGCAACUGCUGGCUACAGUCCUCCACAGGACCUGGUCGAAUUUCUGGAAGCAGGUCCUCCACCAAUCUACAUCGGCUUUGGAUCCAUUGUGGUGAACGAUCCGGAUGCCCUUACCCAGAUUGUUCUCGAUGCGGUCGAAAUAACCGGCCAACGAGCUCUUAUCUCGCAAGGUUGGGGCAGCCUUGGAGCCGAGGCGAUAAACCGCUCGGACGUGUUCUUCCUCGGAAGUUGUCCCCAUGACUGGCUUUUCCAGAGAGUCUCAUGCGUAGUUCACCACGGGGGAGCUGGAACAACUGCAGCGGGCCUAGCUCUCGGUCAGCCUACUGUUAUUGUCCCUUUCUUCGGAGACCAGCCGUUCUGGGGGUCAUUAGUCGCACAGAAUAAAGCAGGACCUUCGCCUAUUCCCUAUAAGAAGCUUACUGCCGACCGGCUUGCCGAUGCGAUUCAGUUCUGUCUAAAGCCGUCUACCGUGGAAAAAGCACGCGAACUGGGCAGUCAAAUCCGAGCAGAGGAUGGUGCGCCGGGUGCAGUGGAGAGCUUCCACCGUCAGCUGAAUCUUCGCUAUAUUCAAUGCUCCCUGUGUCCUGAUCGUCCGGCCGUUUGGCGUGUUAAGCGGACAAGAAUACUCCUCAGUGCCUUUGCGGCUACUGUAUUGGUCGAGGAAAACAAACUUCAACCGAAGGAUGUCAAACUAUACCGCGGAAAACACUACAGCCCCAACCAAGGCUGUGCAGGAGCUGACACCUUCACAAGUGCCAUGAGUAGCUUCCUAGUCGGACCCUUUGAUGUACCCGUAAACGCAGUACAGAACAUCUCCGUAACAGCUGCGGACCGAUUCGCAACCGAAUAUAACCUCCCCUCCUGUGAAGCACGUCAAGCAAUGCUGGCACCGUCUGCCUGCGUUGUACCACAAGGCGCACCUUCGCUGGAAGAAGAAACUAAGAAUGGCGAUGCCAAGUCAGCAUACGGUCUAUCGCCCGUUGGAACUACCCAAUUGCAGGAAGGCACGCCGUCGAUGGUGAUACACAAGGAUCCGAUGCAAAAGAUGGUGGCUAAUGUGAGUUACCUGGGCCGUCGGCUCUCGAAUUGGCUGGUCGAAGUGCCAAUGGGGGUUACUUUAUUAUUUUCCCAGGGCUCUCAUUGUGCACCACGGUGGUAUCACGACCGCACUGUGCGAGAUACGCCGGCGGGUGAGGUAACGGGGUUCAUGUCUGGGGUUGUUGCAGCAGGAAAGGAAUUUGGAGGCCAAAUGUAUGAUGGUAUAACUGGCGUAGUGACCCAACCAAGUCAGGGCUGGAAAGACGGUGGAUAUAGUGGAUUGACGAAAGGCAUAGGUAAAGCCGUUGGGGGUCUCAUCCUCAAGCCGCACGCUGGUGUAUGGGGGUUGAUAGGCUACCCACUGCUGGGCAUUCAUCGAGGGAUAGAACAUUCCUUUGGUGCAAAACGGCAGCAAUAUAUUGUAAUGUCGCGUAUCAGACAAGGAACUGCCGAAUCCAAGGCUGCGCUGCAGAAAGAAAGGCAGGCGGUGUUGAUGAACUGGAGGAUCUACGAGAAAGAGGUUCGGAUACAGCAUGGAAAGAGGCCUCGCUAA